UUCAUGGACAGGCUGGACAGUGCGUGCGCAAAGGAUUGUGGGCUCGGCGCGUAUGUUUCCAUCAUGGCGGCGUCAAUUUCGGGAUACACUUUUAGUUCUGUGUGUUAUCACAGUGCCAACAGCAAUUCUGACCAUGAGGGCUUCCUGUUGGGAGAAGUGAGACAAGAGGAAACUUUAAACAUCAGCGACUCGCACAUCGGUAGCUCAGAAUUCCUCACUGUAAUAGAGGUCCAUAAUCACGAACCUUGUACACAACUGUUUAGCUUUUAUGACUAUGCAGGUAACGUCAAUGAAGAAAAUCUCAACAGAAUCCUCAAGGAUAGAAGAAAAAAUGUUAUCGGCUGGUACCGGUUUCGAAGGAACACCCAACAGCAGAUGUCAUUUAGAGAGCAGGUGAUCCAUAAGCAGUUGACCAAUAUACUUGGCAUCCCAGAUCUGGUCUUCCUUCUCUUCAGUUUCAUCUCCACAGCCAAUAGUUCCACACAUGCUUUGGAGUAUGUGCUCUUCAGGCCCAACAGAAACAGGUAUAAUCAGAGGAUAUCUCUAAGCAUCCCAAACCUGGGCAACACCAGUCAACAGGAAUAUAAAGUCUCAUCUGUGCCGAAUACCUCCAAGAAUUACGCCAGUGUCAUUAAAGAACAUGGGACUGACUUCUUUGAUAAGGAUGGGGUGAUGAAAGACAUUCGAGCUAUCUUUCAGGUGUACAGUGCCCUUCAAGAAAGAGUGCAGACGGUGUGCUGUGAAGUAGAUCAAAGUGAACGAGUGAGGGAGAAAAUCCAAGAAGAAGUGAACAAACUCAAAGAGGAAAUCGCUCUCAGGAAACGUAACAGCGCUGAGGAAGAGAGAAGACUACAAGAGGCAGCCGCUGUCACGCUUCCCGAUAACUCUGCCCUUCCCGACUCCUCACACUCUUCGCUGACUCGAGUCGUGCUCUCAGGUCCCUCGGUGGAGCCCAACUUAGAGAGACCCGUAAACUCGUCGUCUCCACCAAUCUACAGCACCACACUGCCUCCAGAUUCACCAAGCGCUAUACUGCUACCGCGGCCCCAAGCCGUGGGCUCGCCCGGCCACCCAUCUCCCAGUUUGGGCCUGGGCAACGGAGACGGCUCGAGCUCAGAUUCCCUGAACCGCCAGGCCACCGGCCAGGAAGACCAGGAGGAUGAGGAUGAGGACGACGACAGUAGCGAGUAUGAAAAUUUAGUUAGUGAGCAAUUGCAGUCACCUUCCUUAUCGGAAGCCGUUACAGUAGGACGACCGGCUACCCUGUGGCCCGACGGAGAUGCCCACAGCCCUCCGGGCUCAUAGUAAUUGAACAAACGAACAGAACUACAGGUGAUCGUGAGGCCGGUGGUGUUCACAACAAACAAGCACUUGCCUUUUGUGUCCUGUUGUACACAUUUAACAGCUCUGUUCAGGGGACGUCAUCGGGUUGUGACGGACUCCGAAGUGGUGAUGGAAUGAUGUUCCCAUCUUUGUGGACCGACGGACCCCCUUUUCUCCGUUUCAUGCUCUUUGUUUGGUUGGAGAGGUGCAUCCUGCUUAUCUCGGCGUCUGCUACUCACUGGAGUCAUUCAGUUCUUGCACCAUUUACCUCUUGCACUGUUUUGCCUUCAUUUGAUCUGCGUUUAAAUAGAAAAGCAAAGGGAAAGAUGUUUUUUUGCGGCCUUCAAACACAUCUCUGUGUGAGCUUAAACCACGACUUGUUCAUUGUCUCGCUUCAUAAAUCUGAAUGGACAAAAAAAGAAAAGGAAAAAAAAUCAGCAGUUAUAAUAAGUGCUUAGGACUGCAGCUGCCUGACACUUGAACAGUUUUUGUUCUAGAAAAUUUAUUUUAUUUUUGGUUUUAUUAGUUAUAUUGGAUUUAAUUGAGUAAUAUAAUGGCCUAUUCAUGGAGGGGGGGGGGGAUAAUUUUUGGUCAAUGAUUAUAUAAUUUUCUUUAAUGCUUGUAUUUUUUUAUGACAUACUGUAGAUCACUACUAAUUUCAUUGGCUUAAAUCAAACAUGUUUUUGUCCUGAUGAAUGAACCGAUGAUUAUAUUAUAUUUGGCUGCACUUCAAACUUUUACCAUUGAGCUUUAACUGAUUUUACCGGUUGUGUGGUUUGAUGGAGCCAAUCAGAAACUGGAAGGGUCAAAAUGCAGCAUCAUCGAUCUCAGGAUUGUUUUACAGUAACCAGGACUGUUGCUUUCUCUCAUCAUUUUGUCCACGUCUUUUUUUCAUUAGUUGAGAAUAUAUGAUCGCUUUACUCAAAGCAAUGCAGCGGUGGAUCAGUUUAGCGCUCUAUGAUAAUGUGAAAUAAAGAUUUCAGCCAUAUGCAGCAGAACUUAUAGAACUUAUAGAAGCACAGUUUUGUCAUCUUUUAGUUGACGUUUUGCUGUCUGAUCAAACCAAAAUGGCUUUUCCCCUCUAAAGUUUGCUUGUGUGUGAGUCUCAGAAAAACAUGUCUGGGUUACUUUACCUUUAUACAUUAAAUAAUAAUAAUUUACCAUUAAUUAAUGUUAUAUAAAUUAUAUAUUGAGUAAAAUAUUAAUAUAUACAUAUGAUUAUCAUUAUUUAUUCUCAUAAUACAGAAAUGUUUUACUGUGUUUGUAUAGGUAGUAUAACAUACUAGCAUGAUGUAUAAAUACAUUAAGUUUAGUUUUUAUGUUUUCAUAACUUUUUUGCAAUAAAGUUCGGGGGAAAAACAGAAACUGUUGCAAAAAAACUUGCAACAAAACUCAAUGGUACAAAAACAUACUCUUCAUUGUUUUACAUACAUGUAUGUGAAAUAUGAUUAGGACAUGUUCUUGUGAGAUUCACGCAUGUAGUGCGUAUUGCCAACAAUUUGGGCAAAUUGAAUUGAGAUUGAGGAGCUGAUGGACUUUUUCACCCAAAGAAUUCAAAAACUAAUUUCUUUGUUUUAUCUCAGGAUUUGAUGCUCUGACUUUUAUUUUGGCAGAGGCUGUGAAUGUCUCACUUUUCAUUCAGUAUAUUUCUCCAGUUCUAUGUAGGACAAAAAAAACAAAAACAAAUGUUUGCUCCCUGGCAUGAGUGUGGAUGAGUACACCGACAGAUGAUUUAGUCAGCUGUAUCAUGUUGAAAUGACCGUCUGCUUUAAAUGUUUUAAAUGUUUCUGCCUUUAAAUGUUACACAUCUUUAUGCGUAAGGCCAAAAAACACCACCGCCCAUGGAUUUUGGUACAAAUCUGAAAGCGUUUAAGUGAACAGUGACACUGAUAUGGUGAAAUGCCACGCUUAAAUUUGAUGUUUGUUUGGACAGCUGGCAGCCAGUCCCUCAGAGCUUUAAAAAAAAAAAAUGUGAUUUUAUCAUAUUAACAUGUUCCUUAGAAAGUUUUGAAUGAGCAUAAAUGCCACUUAAGAUGAGGAAAAUAUAUAUGCAUAUACACAUACACAGUCUGAUUUUUUUUUCUUAACAAAUAUUUACUAUUUAUGAUUAGUCAAUUCAUAGUGACCUAUUCUGAACAUCUCAAUCACAACUCAUUCAGUGUCAAUCCUGCUGCCAUAUUGCUUUUUGCCUUCCUCUAAUAGAUGCUUUCAAAUCUGAUAACGAAAUAAAUCAAAAUGUGGCAGUGUGCCAUUUUAAUGGGGAAAUAGCAA